GACAAUUAGAAUCCUAUCACUAUCGUACUGCCGGUCAAAGCAUCGUUCCAACAACUCCUCUUUCUCUCAUACAAUUUCAGAGUUAGUUCAGACUGUCCGUCUUGUGUUCAAACUCUCUGCCCAUUUGACCGAAUUUCAAUUCAACUCUGUUUCUCUCACCGUUGAAUCGAUGGAGAAGCAGGUGAUCAAAUACCACUCCCCACCGGACCACAAUUCUCCACCGGAACAUCUCAAGCUAGCUGCGAUCGCUGUCAACCUCAACAUACGGUUGCGAUCAGCCGAUAUGCCGUUCGCAUUGCAAGAGCGUGCUCUGCGUCUCACCCGAUCGUUCCUCGACUCAUCCGCUUCUCGCCGCCCUAAUCUUACUCUUCUAGCUCGCUCCAUCAAAAAGGAGUUUGAUCGGUGUUACGGACUGGCAUGGCACUGUGUAGCCGGAAAGAGUUUCGGAUCGUUUGUAACGCACUCACCGGGAGGAUUUGUAUACUUUUCUGUGGACUCUUAUUCUAUUCUUCUUUUCAAAACAGAGGUUCAAUUGAUUUCUAGUGAUCCUCUGCCGGCUUGUCGUCGGUGAAUUUAUGACUAUUUGAUACAUAGAUAUCAAAUUGACAAAACUUUUGCUGGUUUACAUGUUCCAUAGGUUAUGGUGACUUGCGGUUGUAAACUUGUAAUUAAUUGUUAUACACUUGUGAUUCAUGAUUUCAUGUAAAUGGAAAUAUGACACAUGAGGUUUUCAUUUCGGUUA